UUAGAUUUCGAGUAUAGACUUCACUAAUGUGUUUUCUCCAAAUGUAAAGCAUAGUUUGAUUCGAGCUUUGCUUGAUAUUAUGACCAUGUAUGAUUUUGGGCUUGAGCAGUUGGAUGUGAAGACAACAUUCUUACAUGGGGAACUUAAGGAGGACAUCUACAUGCAGUAGCCUAAGGGUUUUAUAGUUUCAGGAAAGAAAGACUAAGUGUGUUUGUUGAAAAAGUCUCUCUCUAUGGCUUAAAAAAGUCACCUAGACAGCAGUAUAAGAGUUUGUUCACAUUCAUAUUUAUCAUAUGCAGUUAGUGUAGUUAGUAGAUACAUGACAAAUCCUGGUAAAGAACAUUGGAAAGUAGUUCACUGGAUGUUCAGAUACUUGUGUGGCUUUACUGAUGUUUGUUUGCAUUUUGGGAGAGUUAGAGAUGGAGCUGUUGGGUAUGUCGAUUCUGAUUUUGCAAGUGACCUUGAUAAAAGAUCUCUUAUAAGCUUGCCAAAAGGCGAAUGCAAUAUUCUGUGAACUGGUUGGACGGUUAGUACCACCCAUCAAGCAAAUCCAAGAAACAAAAACAAUGCAUUCUCAGACUCUUCAAUUGCUUAACCACCUAUGUACUAAAGUUGAAGAUUUGGAAGUACCAAGAGCAAAGGAAAUAUUCAGCCAAUCAUUCAUUAAUGGGGCAAAAUAUGGAAUUCCCGAAAUUCUGGAAAACAUUCUAAAGUUAUAUCCUUCUGCACUUCAGUAUCUGGAUGAGGAAGUAUUCAAAUUGGCAAUAUUAAAUCGUUAUGAAAAGAUUUUCAACCUCAUCUGCGAAAUCGGUAUGCAUAGACAAUUUAUAAUACGAAUCAGAGGUGAUUCAAAUAACAAUAUCUUGCAUUUGGCUGGAAAAUUGGCCCCUCCACACCGGCUCAGUCUCGUUUCUGGUGCAGCUCUACAAAUGCAACGUGAGUUACAUUGGUUUCAGGAAAUCGAAAAAUAUGCACCGGAAGCCUUCAGGGAAUUUGAGAACGAUGAACAAGAGACACCAAAAAUGGUAUUUAUAAAGGAACAUAAAGAGUUGAUAAAAGAAGGAGAGAAAUGGAUGAAAGGCACAGCAAAAUCUUACACAUUGGCAGCAGCGCUUAUUGCUACUGUAGUGUUUGCAGCAGCAAUUUCCAUCCCGGGUGGCAACCAUGAUGAUACUGGCAUACCAAAUUUCUCCGAAGAAUAUACCUUCAAAUUUUUUGCAGUUUCGGAUGCUCUUUCCCUCUUCCUAUCCAUUGCUUCGGUGCUGAUAUUCCUAUCCAUUCUCACGGCACGAUAUGCUGAAGAUGAUUUUCUUUUUGUCCUUCCCAGGAGGUUGAUAUUUGGCCUUGUUACUCUAUUCCUCUCCGUAACAUUCAUGAUGAUAGCCUACAGUAGCGCAAUCUAUCUUCACUUUGGUGAAAAGAAGGCUUGGAUUCUUAUUACCUUGGCUGCAUUAACCUGUUUGCCAGUGACCUUGUACGGAAUUUGGCAGUUUCCCCUCCUUGUGAAAUUGAUUUAUUCCACAUACGGCCCAGGCAUUUUUGGCAAACAUAGUAAUCGUCUGAUCCGAGAGAUCGACAAUCAUGGUGAGAGUAUUCGACACAAUUAUGUACUUUGGGAUUUGCAUCAAAUUCAUGACUGAAUGUAUUGCCUUCACUCUCUCUCUCUGCUCCUGCGGACAUUUUCUCCUAGAUAUUUCAUUGUAAUUCCAACUUCUGUCAACUAUGAUGAACAGGCUUAAAGCAAACUUUUUAAA